AUGGCUCUUCCACAAUCCGCGUACAAGGACCGUCAGUUCCUUGCUGUUAUUGGCGAUGAGGACUCGGUGACCGGCGUCUUGCUCGCUGGUGUCGGUCACGUUACCGACCCUCCGGAUGCUCAAAAGAACUACCUCGUCGUAGACCACAAGACCGAGACCCACACCAUCGAGGAGGCCUUUGACAGUUUCACCCAAGAGCGCAAGGACAUUGCCAUUCUCCUCAUCAACCAGCACAUCGCCGACAAGAUCCGCAGCCGUGUCGAUGCCUACACCCAAGCCUUCCCUUCGCUCCUCGAAAUUCCCUCCAAGGACCAUCCGUACGACCCCGAAAAGGACAGCGUCAUGAAGCGCGUCAAGAAGUUGUUUGGAGAGUAA